AUGGAGCUGGCGCAAGGGGCAUGUCCUCUUUGCUGGGAAUAUGAGAUCGUGAGUAGUCACCAGUACGAAGCCCAUGUGGGGAAUCACUUGGAGCAGCUGGCGCUCUUCGUUCUUCCAGGUGCCGAGGAAGCCGAGAAAGAAGAGGAUAGUGAAUCCGAGUAUCAACAGAGCAAAAAUGAGAAACAAGUGAGUGGAAAAGAUCAAAUGAAACCAGAUCAGGGUUAUGGUUAUCGAGAGAACGUGGAUGAAGAAGAAGAACAAGAUGGCUCCGAAUCUGGGUAUUACCAGAGGGAGGAUGAGAUUCAGCUCACCAAGGAUGCUCAGAGAAGAAGAGCAGAGAACUGGAAGAAGAAGGGAAAACAAUCAAUGGGGGAUCAGAAGGCCGAGGAAGAAGUAGACUUGGAGCACGAUGGGCCCUCGCCGUCAGACUUGGAAAUGGAGGAUUCGGAAGCAUCGAAGGCCACGCUGCGCGCCAGAAAUGCCGCCUCCAUAGUAGAGCAAUUGACUGAGCUCGACAUGCAAAAAUUUCUGGAAAAGAGGAAAGCAAGAGAGGAAGAUAAAUUGUGA